AUGCAGCACGUUAGACAUGAGCAUCCCAACUUUGAGGCCGAGAUGCUAGAGGCCACGACAUCUGAAACCGGCUCGCUACUCAGCUACGUGUCGCGGUCUUCUCAAAACCUGUACGGUUGGCUCAUGUGGGUUGUUACGAGCAAUCUACCUCUCACUUUUUAUGAGAAUAGAGCGACAAGACGCUAUACGACACUCGAUCCGGUAUGCGUCGAGACGCUGCGCGCUGCGCUCGAAGGCGUGUCUGUGGCAGUGGAGAGGUCAAUUGCCUCUGAGAUGCCAGACCAAUUUGGGCUCAUUCUAGAUGGAUGGACCCAUAUAUCUGAGCACUAUCUUGGAGUCUUCGCCUGCUACGAGGUUGGUGGCAAGGUGAAGACUCCCUUAAUCUGCAUGGCUCCUCUGAUGAAUGAGGCCGAUGACGAUCUCUCUGCCCUCGCGCACAGAGAGUUUCUAGCGGAUAUGCUGCCGAGGGAUUUUGGGAAACAGAUUGACCAGUGUUUAUUUGUCGUGGGUGAUAAUUGCAGCGUUAAUCAGCGCUUAGCUUCGCUCAUCGGCGUUCCCUUAAUCGGGUGCGCUUCGCACCGACUUAAUCGGGCGGUCCAACAAGAUCUUCAAAGUCACGAGGCUGAUCUUGCCGCAGUUCACGGGCUAAUGAUCAAGCUUCGGACGCUAACGCAGUCGGCUAAACUGAGGCUUAAAACAAGUCUCCGCCCGGUAAUUCGGCAGGACACACGGUGGAGUUCAACGUUUGCAAUGUUGCACCGUUACUUCAAGCUUCUCGAGCACCUCGAUAAGGAUGACGAUGACGUCGCUGAGCUUCUUCCUGGUCCGGCGUGCAACCGCCGCCUGCGCAAGCUGCUGAAGGAGCUCGCCAAUGUCGAAUCCGUAUCGAAGGCCCUUCAAGGCAGCGCUGAUCUCUUAGACGUGCGCGAAUGGUUCGACGGUCUCAUCGCUAUGAAGCCGCAGUACGCGCAUUACCUUGCGCCACGAGCUGACAUUGUCCACAGCCCGGACUUUGAAUCGGGCUGUGUCCGUGUCUUGCGAGGCAACUCUAACCGCCUGACAAGAACGGAGAAGGCAGUACUCCAGCCUUUCGCUGCAAGUGCUGCAGCCGCGCCCGAAUCGGACGACGAAGAGAGCUCAUCGUUCGUCGAGCGCCUUCAAAAGCGCAGGAAGCUGGCGCAGCAAGAGGAGAAGUACGUGCUGAUCGGUAGUAUCCCUCCGACGUCGAACAUCGUGGAGAGGUUUUUUAGUAUUGCCCGGACGACAUUUGGGCAAGAACGCAACAGCCUUCAACCAGCGACGCUUGAGCAGAUCCUCUUUCUCCGUCAGAACGCAAGCUACUGGGACGUAGGUACCAUUGAUAGUCUCCGAAGUUAA